GAGUCUCACAGGGCGCUCCUUAGUGAGGAGCGAAUCUGCAUAUCGCCACUGUUGGCUGAAGGCAACAGGCGUGUUUUCAGGUACAGGGAACCAAUCUGUGGUCGGAUCCCAUCGAAACAAUAACGGGCGAGUGCAACCGACAGUGCGGCUUCGAAUCACAGCGCUCCAUUCUGCUCUCUUUGUCUGUUCGGAUGGUUUCAUCAGCAUCAUUGACCAACACUAUCCAGACGGAGUAUGUGAGAUCUCACAAACGAUGAAGCGCGCUGAGCCCAACUCGCCGUUGGCUGCGUCGGCGCUAGAUUUCCCUCCCUAUCCGCCACUGCCUCUCGUCCAAUCUUCCCAUUUUUCAGCAGCUCGGUAUAUCACGAAAUGCGGAGCUAAUUCUAGCCUUGAGUCCAUGCUCGCCGGGCCGGCGAGUGGGGGAGGAUGCCAGCUACCAAGAGGUAUG